GCGCCACUGAAAACUCGCCAAUCGCAACGCGGCGUAGUCAGAACCCUAAUUUGCGUACCGCCAGUGUAAGUACCGAGUCGCUUCCGGUAGCCUCUGUGUUGCCGUUGGGUUUGCGUUCCUGGUUGUUCCCUGGUUGUCCCUGCAGCUUGUGCUCGCCGUUAUGCCUGAGCCGGCAAAGUCUGCCCCGGCGCCCAAGAAGGGCUCGAAGAAAGCCGUCACCAAAGCUCAGAAGAAGGACGGUAAGAAGCGCAAGCGCAGCCGCAAGGAGAGCUACUCCAUCUACGUGUACAAGGUGCUGAAGCAGGUGCACCCGGACACCGGCAUCUCGUCCAAGGCCAUGGGCAUCAUGAACUCGUUCGUCAACGACAUCUUCGAGCGCAUCGCGGGCGAAGCGUCCCGCCUGGCGCACUACAACAAGCGCUCGACCAUCACGUCCCGGGAGAUCCAGACGGCCGUGCGCCUGCUGCUGCCCGGCGAGCUGGCCAAGCACGCCGUGUCCGAGGGCACCAAGGCCGUCACCAAGUACACCAGCUCCAAGUGAGCCCCUGCCGGGACGUGGCGCUCGCACGAGUCGCCGGGCCGCUUGCCGCCAAAGGCUCUUUUCAGAGCCACCCACCUUCUCAGUCGAAGAAGCUGUC